CAGGGCCCAAGUACUUGGGCCAUCCUCCACUGCACUCCCUGGCCACAGCAGAGAGCUGGCCUGGAAGAGGGGUAACCGGGACAGAAUCCGGCGCCCCAACCAGGACUAGAACCCGGUGUGCUGGCGCCGCAAGGCGGAAGAUUAGCCUAGUGAGCUGCGGCGCCAGCCUUGAUUGGGAUCUUAUAGCCUCCUCUACCCUUGUUAUUGUUAGCCUCAUUUCCUCCAGGGUCUGAUGGGGACAAUAUGAAAUGCCUAUGAGGAUAACUGAACACACUGUUCUGGAAUGCAGGAUUGGAUGCUGGCUACUUCUGUCCCAUCCUUACGUAGAUCAACUCAUUACUACUUUGUUUCUUCAGAUAAACCAGAUAAAGCACCAAAGAUGCUCCAGGAGGCUGACUUAACCAUUAUGCGUUACAAGGAAUGUAAUAGGUUACUCAAGAGACUGAUGAAGGCUAAGAAUGACGUGGUCAGGAAAGGGGCUGUCUGUGGCUAUAGUGAUAAAGGAAAGGAUUCUUGCCAGGGAGAUUCUGGGGGGCCCUUGGUCUGUGAGUAUAAUGAAACAUGGAUCCAGGUGGGGAUUGUGAGCUGGGGCGUUGGCUGUGGUCAUGAAGGCUAUCCUGGAGUCUACACAGAAGUUAGUUUUUAUGUGGACUGGGUCAAAAGACACAUGAAUCAAGCUUCCUGUCUGGAUUCAACGGCCUUCCUUGUCCUCCUCCUGUGUCUGGUGUUGCCACUGGGCUCCUAGCAACCCUGUGAUCACACCAGCCCACUCCCCUCCUGUUUCUUAAUCUCACGCUUCACAAUAAAUUCCCACCAACCUCCUG